AUGCUAAAUGGAAAAGCGCACAAGCCCGGAGAGAACCCUGACCCUUGCCCAGCGGGCGGCAGUGAGGGCUCCACCUCCGCCUGCGUUAAGAUCGACAUUAGCACUUGCCAAUCGAGCGCGGGAAGAACGGCUCCCGACGAAAUGACAAACCCAUCCGGAGGGGGCAGCCUGCUGAUGGUGCCCACGCAUCACAAUCUGCAGCUCGAUAAAAUUUCCGUGCGCUCGAUUAGUUCCGAGGAUAUAUCCAGUGCCGGCGGUGGCAAGUGCUGCAGUGCUGCUGCCCGGAAUCCGGCCAUAAAAACAGGACGGCGCCUGCAGCUGAUGCAGAUGAUAAUUCUACCAUUUAUACCAAUAUUGGCAUUGAUUGUGCAAACAUCGGUGACCCUGCAAGAGAUCCUGGAGUACCGUUCCGCCGUGGCCGACAUCGAGACGCAGGUAACUAUAGCCACAGACUUGGGAAAAGUGGUCACUCGACUGCAGUUGGAACGCUCCGAGGUUGCCUUCUACAUAUUCACCAACGGCAGCAAGCAGCGGGCUAAUCUAACCCAACGUUUCGAAAUCACCGACCACGCCCUGAAUAACAUGACCACCUGGAGCGAGAUCAGUGUUCCCACAGCUCCGGAUGAGGACGAGGACGAUCGGGAAAUGAUGCUCAAUCGCAACGAAUUCCAGAGCCGAUUGAACGAGUUCAGGGAUCGAGUGCGUUUCGAGCCUGAGGAGAGCUCCAUUACCGAGGUGAUGAACUGGUACACGUCCAUUAAUCGCGGCUUGCUUCAUCACCUAAACGAGCAGAUCAAGGAGACGGAUAACAGCGGCGUGUGGCGCUACCUGGUGGGAUUCAAGAACCUGCUGAAGAGCAUCGAGUGUCAGAAUAUUGCCACUUCCUUUGGCAUUCGGUACUAUGGCCGAGGAUCCUUGACUGCCGAGAAUUUUGUGUCCUAUGUGCGCUACGAGUUCAUGGCUCGCGAGAUGAUUAACUCCACGCUGAACUACGCUCCAAUGCUAAAGAAUAUGUACACGAAUAUAACCAGCACCAAGAAGUACCAUCGCACCAAGCAGAUGAGCACCACUCUGCUGAAAAACAAUCCGAAUGUCUCGAACGAGCGCAGUGCCAUCGAGUACUACGAGCUGAUGAACAACUAUACGGAUGACCUGCGAAUACUACAGAAGGCCCUGCGACGUAUGAUUAAAGAAUAUGUGGACAAGACCCUAAAGGAGGCAGACCGGAAAGAAGCCAUUGGCAUUGCCAUACUGGUUGUGGUGCUCCUUGUGUCGCCGGUUAUUAUUGUGCUGGUUAAGAAUGCCGCUGCCACGAUACAGCUGUAUGCCCUGAAUCUGUCCCAAAAGGCCAAGGAAUUGAAGAGGGAGAAGCGCAAAAGCGACUCGCUACUCUUUCAGAUGCUUCCACCCAGCGUGGCCAUGCAGCUGAAGCAGACCCAGCAGGUUCCCGCCGAGUUGUACGAGGCAGUUACCAUCUACUUCAGCGACAUUGUUGGGUUUACGGAAAUCGCCGCGGACUGUACUCCACUGGAGGUUGUCACUUUCCUCAACUCUAUCUACCGUGUGUUUGACGAGCGCAUCGAGUGUUACGAUGUCUAUAAGGUGGAAACCAUUGGCGACUCCUAUAUGGUGGCUUCCGGCCUGCCGGUGAAGAACGGGAACAAGCACAUCAGUGAGAUAGCAACAAUGGCGCUUGAUUUACUAGACGCCUCGUCGGUCUUCCGCAUCCCCAGAGCCGGCGACGAGUUCGUCCAGAUCCGGUGCGGAGUCCACACGGGUCCGGUAGUAGCCGGCAUCGUGGGCACCAAGAUGCCGCGCUACUGCCUCUUUGGCGACACGGUGAACACGGCCUCGCGCAUGGAAAGCACAGGCGAGGCCCAAAAGAUACAUAUCACCGAGGAGAUGCAUGACUCGCUGCAGCAGGUGGGAGGUUUCCGGACCGAGCAUCGCGGUCUCAUCGAUGUCAAGGGUAAGGGUCUGAUGAGCACCUACUGGCUGACCUGCAAGGACGGCCCCGUGCGGGUGCGCGAGGAAAUCUCGUGGCGGGCAGACAUGCAGCCCGUGUUCCUGGACCACCUCAAGCUGCAUCCGCCGACCGACUACAAGCUGCCCAAGCGAAAAUGA